AUGCGUCGUAAGAGACGGCAUCAAUCUCAGCAGGGAAACUUUGCACAUGCUACCAAACAAGCUGAUUUAUCCCAUGCAACGGAUGCAGGUAUUUUGUUCUGCUCCGAUUCCUCUCAUGCCACAGGCGUGCACCAUGACAUGUUUGUACGUGCUCCCGAAUACGCGGACUUCGAAGUUGACCUAGGAAUACCCCCGCGACUCAUGUCACCAAUAUACAUUUCUGAUGAGAAUGACUGUAAACCGCCAAGGAAACUUUCACCUAAUGCCGUCUCCAAUGGGUCAUCACCGAUAGCUUCACAGGCAGCGCUUGCAAUGUCCAUGACAAUCAAUUGUGACGAAGCUAGUAUUCUGCCGUCUACAAGAGCCACAUGCCAGAUGUCUGCACCUAAAAUUGCGCGCAAAGAAAUCUUCGAAACCCAAACACAGAAUGAAGCUAAUCUAAAACCUGUCCUUAGCGAAACAGCUACGCAGGUUUCGGUUCAGCUUACAGAUAGUUUGGGGUUAUCGUCCUCGUUGAUGUCUGAUACCGACACCGGUGUUUGCAACGCGGCCCCGAAUCUCGGAGAUGGAGAGGAAAGGACCGAGUUUGUUUCUGCUCCUCAAGAUCUAGAUUCACGAAAUCUAGAUGACCGACUUCUGGACAUUUUGAAGCGUUUAGACAAACCCGACGUCACCACUAGACAAAAGGCCUUGCGUGACCUGUCGUCUUUACUCCAAUACAAGGAUCCACUGACGUUUUCCGUUGUCAUAGCUUUCCUUCCAUAUUGGUCACCAGUGUUUUGCCGCCUUUCCGAAGAUGCGGACGCAAACGUACGAAAGUUCACCCAGAUGGUCAUGUUCCGUCUGGUUCGUCGUGUCUAUCAUGAAUUGAGACCUUACCUUAAACAAGUCUUACCUCUUUGGGUCUAUGGCUCAACCGAUCGUCACUCUGAAGCCUCCAGGUGGGCCCAUGAAGGACUAUCAACCGCCUUCCUAAAAGUCAGGAAUUUUGAAGCGCAUCGUCUAUGUGCCGAACAGCUGUUGUGUCUUCUCGAAAUUAAAAUCGAGCUAGCGGUUUCACAAUUUUUCCCGUUAUUUGCAGCCAAAAAAGGAAUAGCCAGACAACAUGCGAAAGACGAGAUGCCGGGCGAUUCCGAGAUCGACCUUACUCUGGAAAGAUUAGCCAGAGCCGUCCAGUUCUGUCGUUUAGUCGCUAUUCGUCUUGCCUCACUACCGGACGAUAACCCAUACAUUCAGCGUCUCCGAUCUCAAUUGUCACCUGAAAACUUGUGGUCCAGAGUUUCCCGCGUAGUCGAGCUCAGUAUCUGGCAAAGCGAAUUUUUCCUGGAAAACGCCUUCGAGGUCCACCAAUACAUAUACGCUGAUUCCUUCUCCUCUGCGUUUGAAUACCGCACCUCCUGCUACCGCUUCACCUGGGACGCAGCCAUUGCAUGUUUGGUCAAUCUUCCGGACAGUUUGGUUUGGUCAACCGUCGAUUGGAGGUCCAGCCUGGCCCCACAGCUGGAACAUUUGUUUUUCCACGCUGAUCUUGAGCUUGUCAGUGAGGCCUAUCAAUGCCUACGAGAUUUGCUGCGAAGACUACCAGUCGACUUCAGUGCACUGGAUGAGGCUGACUGCGACAUGUUACAGCGCGUUUUUAUCACUGCAACACUUUCUGGUUUGGAACGAUCACUCGGCCUGAGAUCGGCCCUCAAUUCACUGUCAUUCGACAUAGUAGAUGCGAUCUAUGAACUUCUACGAUGCGCUCGGUUCAUGCUCGAUAAGACAGCCCCAUCAGGUUCUUUCAAUUCGCUAGAUGAUCUCUACCGCUCCUCACCACUUCUUCGUGCUGUGAUGCGUGAUAUGAUCCUACGGCUAUUGCGUGUUGCUCUAGACUUUUGUCGGGACGCUUCGAAGCCCUGCCUGAAGUCAACUCGGCUUCCAAUGAAUCGCAGAACUUGUUUGUACUCUAUAUUUUCACAAGUGGCGAAGCUGUGUGUGGACAUGGGGAAAUCGGACAUGUGCUCUAAACACCUUCUUUUGGCUCACAUUUGUGAUCAAAUUGUACAGUGGUCCUCGGAGGAUCCUGCCAUCGAAAUGACAGAUCCGUGUGAACCAGACACAAAGUGUUCCCAGCUUGGCUUGAUAGACCCGCUCCGUUUGAUUGAAUUCGCUGAUGCCAUCGCUGAGUUGGACUACCCACCUUGGUCCCUGCCUCCUUUACCUCAAACAAACCGUUCUCCUGGUUCUGCCACACAGCGUACCGGUUAUUUUGUUAUGAAAAGCGAGUGGUGCAUUGCACUAUUUACAUCGCUUGCGAAAGAAGUGGAACGGAGGCUUAACUCAGCCGCUAUGAACACAAGCUUACGAAGUUGCCUUUAUCUUGCUCUGUUUUGUCUGCAUGGUCAUCUUCUCGACUAUUACCCUUGCUUAAUCUCUUCUUUUUCUUCAACCCUAUUCUCUGUGAUCUUACCGGGUUUGCCAGAGAAUAUUCGGUGGGAGUCCUUGUCGUCUUCAGUGGUACGCGGACUGACAAGAUCCUGGUCCCUUUCGGAUGAUGCUGCUCCAUUGCACUUCCCCCCAAAUUCUAUUUGCUUGCAGUUUUUCGACCACCUGUAUCCAACAAUCUUGAACACUUUGUUAUUUGAUUCAGAGAAUCUAUUUCGGAAUAUUGCCAAUCUGUUUUCGCAUUUGCUUGCAUACUGGUGCGCGAAAUCUGUGCUGAUUGAGACAACCGAUGACGAUGCAUCCUCUUCGUUGAUCAAUAUCUCAUUGUUAUUUCACGCUUUGAGUCGGAGUUGGUUUCGAAAUCGCGAGCGUCUACCUAUGAUAAAAGAGUCUGUUUUCCGAAAAGUAGCUGAUUGGAUCCGGCCGUUUUUUUCCGGAUCCGUCGACAUGUUGAAAGUCCAUCCUCCUAGGAUUAUCCACCGCCUUUUUGUCAUUCUGCUGCUCGCUUUGGAGUCCGACUUUUCUACAGACUUCGACCGUCGCAAUCGUUGUUGCCUUCAAUUGGGGCAACUUUUAUUCGCGAUGUACCGCAUCCAUCAUUUCGCUUUGGUCGCAGAAGUGUUGACACCCGACUCGCCUCUAGUGCUUUUCACUUCUGAGAUGGUGACCUCUGGACAUCGUCCGCCACUGUCUCUCUCCAACGCAUUUCAACGCGCCGAGAGGCUGUUGCUUUCCCAUGUCAGUUCACGAAUACGAGAUCCAAACCCUACUGGAGACCCGUAUGCUUUAGCACAUUCUAUCUACAAUUUGCUGUUCAAAAUAGUUCAGUAUUCACCGUAUGUUUCACCUAGAUUGAUUCGGUUCGCAAAAUCCUUGGCCACCCAGUGUCCUACCCCCGCGUUGGCCUCUAUCUGGUUGUCUGAACUGACGGAGUUGAUUCAGAAGUUAUCGGUGUGUCCAUUCACAGACAGCUGUUCUCCACGAUCAGCGUUGUUUAGUGUGCCCACGCGGCAUCUGUUGCCCUCGUUUGGUCUAUCUGUCGACCGGGCUCUUUUGGCUUCACUCGUUCGUCUGCAUCAGCUUGGGUGGCAAAUGGGCCUCCCCCGCCAAUUACGGACAGUGGACAGUGAACACCGCCAAUACAUUCAGUGUUUGAGUUUGUUGAGAGCUUAGUUGCGCGGUGUGUCAGAGCCAUACGACUCUAGCACGGAACUGGGUUGGCCCAUCUUGACCUUCU